UCGCCCUCCGGUCUCCACCCUUUCCUAUCUUGGUGUUUCUUGCUGUCCUUGUGUUCGCCGCCGCUGAUCAUCGGGUAAGCUUCUCCGGUAAUGCUUGCCGGCAGCCUGGCGCACGUGUAGCUCUUUGCUUCGACUUGGGAGUCCCCGUUCGCCAGCCUGCCUCGCCGCCGGACAUUCACAUAUCCGUUGACCUCUGACUUUAUCGUCUCGUCUACCGAUUCUUGACUCCUCAGUCCGUCGUCCUGACGCCUCAAUGGCCUCAUCAUCAUCAAUGAUUUGCCAUUUUUUAAAGCCCAUUGGCCUUCGAUUGGGCCCGUAAAGUCAGGCAGCCAAGGCCCAUAAUAUGGUCCAGUUGAGUUAACACGGCCCUACCCCGGCGGGACCAAACAUUUUCUUUUUGAAUGGGUCGGCAUUACUGCCCGGCGGGACCAAACAUGGUGGGCUUUUCCGGCAGUGGAGUGGGCGCCCGUUCCGAUCUGGCCGCCGUGAUUUCCUUACAGGUGCCAUCAGCCGCCAAUUUUAUACAUCUUUCGGAAGGUGGGAAUGUCAUCCACCUUCCAAUAUUUAAGAUCCGUGUCCUUCCUUUGGCCGCCGUCGCUCGUGCCUAUCUCCUUUCUCCGUCCCUUCUUCUUCCUCCGGCCUUCGUCGCGCAUGCGCCGGCGAGAUAGAGGAGGGGGAGCGGCCGGCGGCGAGGUUAGGGUUUUGAGGUUGCCGGGGCACGGAAGCUCCAAUGAUCGCCGGCUUUAGAAGAGAAGGUCGGGGGAGGAAUCGACAGGCGGUGGGUCAUGUGUGGGCGGACGGCGGAGCGCCGCCGGCGGGGGUGGUGGUUGCCGGCGGCCGGACCAGGUUCCGGGCGGGGCCGUGGUGUCGGAGAGGUUAGGGAGGGCGGGGAUGCGCCGGCAGCGGGUGGACGGAGGGUGUCGUCUCCGCCGAAGACGGACAGGGCGGCGGCGGUGGCGGGCGAACAGUGGAAGGGAGGAGAAGAAGGAAGGAGGGAGGGCGGGCCUCGCUGGUGUCGGGGACAACGCCGGCGAGGCGGCGCGCGGGGUGGAAGAAGAUGGCGUCGUGGGCCUAAUGGGCUGGAAGAUGGAUAGCUUCCGGAAGCCAUAUAGGACCCCCGUCACCGGCCGCAACCCUCAAGUCUGAACACCGCCGCUACUUCGCCCAACGAAUUCGUUUCAGGCGAGCAGUCGAAGCAGAGUCCUGGUCACGGGAUGCUUGUAUGCAGCCUCCCUCUUGGUUACGACUUCGAGUAGUCUGAGAGACACAGGACACAUCUCCAAUGGCAAUGUUUCAAUGAGCACGAGAGCAGACAUUGGCCCCAACAGCUGCUGUUUCUGGUGGUGGCGGUGAAUCGCUGCCUCCGUUUCCAAUCUGUUUUCAUGUGUCGUGAUCAUUCGUGAAGCUCGCCCCGAACACCGGAUCGGCAGCAAGUAGUGCUCCGAUGGGCGAAUGCAGCACGGAGUACAGGGUCCUCCCCAGCAGCAAUGCCGAUGCCAACGGCGUGGCGGCGUCGGCGCCGGCGCCGGCGUCGCUCCGCAAGGUCUCCAUCGUCCCGCUGGUCUUCCUUAUCUUCUACGAGGUCUCCGGCGGGCCGUUCGGCAUCGAGGACAGCGUGGGCGCGGCGGGGCCGCUCCUCGCCAUCGCCGGCUUCCUGGUCCUCCCGGUCAUCUGGAGCAUCCCGGAGGCGCUGAUCACGGCGGAGCUGGGCACCAUGUUCCCGGAGAACGGCGGGUACGUCGUGUGGGUCGCCUCGGCGCUCGGACCCUACUGGGGGUUCCAGCAGGGGUGGAUGAAGUGGCUGAGCGGCGUCAUCGACAACGCGCUGUACCCCGUCCUCUUCCUCGACUACCUCAAGUCCGCCGUGCCUGCGCUGGGCGGUGGCCCGCCGAGGGCGUUUGCGGUCCUGGGACUCACGGCGGUGCUGACGCUGCUCAACUACCGCGGGCUCACCGUCGUCGGCUGGGUAGCCAUCUGCCUGGGCGUGUUUUCCGUCCUGCCGUUCUUCGUCAUGGGCCUCAUCUCGCUCCCCAAGCUCCGGCCGGCGAGGUGGCUGGUGGUGGACCUCCACAACGUGGACUGGAACCUGUACCUCAACACGCUGUUCUGGAACCUCAACUACUGGGACUCGAUCAGCACGCUGUCCGGCGAAGUGGACAACCCCGGCAAGACGCUGCCCAAGGCGCUGUUCUACGCGGUCAUCUUCGUGGUAGUGAGCUACCUGUACCCGCUCCUCGCCGGCACCGGCGCGGUGCCGCUGGACCGGUCGCAGUGGAGCGACGGCUACUUCGCGGACCUUGCCAAGCUCCUCGGCGGCGCGUGGCUGAUGUGGUGGGUGCAGGCGGCGGCGGCGAUGUCGAACAUGGGCAUGUUCGUGGCCGAGAUGAGCAGCGACUCGUACCAGCUGCUGGGCAUGGCGGAGCGGGGCAUGCUGCCGGCCUUCUUCGCGCGGCGGUCGCGGCACGGGACGCCGCUGGUGGGCAUCCUCUUCUCGGCGUCGGGCGUGCUGCUGCUCUCCUCCAUGAGCUUCCAGGAGAUCGUGGCCGCCGAGAACUUCCUCUACUGCUUCGGCAUGCUGCUGGAGUUCAUCGCCUUCGUGCUGCUGCGCGUGCGGCGGCCCGACGCGCCCCGGCCGUACCGCAUCCCGCUCGGCACCGCCGGGUGCGUAGCGAUGCUGGUGCCGCCCACGGCGCUGAUCGUGGUGGUGCUCGCGCUGUCGACGCUCAAGGUGGCGCUCGUGAGCCUCGGCGCCGUGGCCGUCGGCCUCGUGCUGCAGCCGCUGCUGAGGCUCGUGGAGAAGAAGGGGUGGCUCAGGUUCGCCGUGAACUCGGACCUCCCUGACAUCGGCGUGGGGCACGCGCACGCACCCGCCGCGGCAGACGAGACGCUGGCGCCGUAGCCCCGUGGGUGGGCUGUGUCAAACCAGCUUAGAUUUGGGCUUCGCUUCACAGCGCGCGGUGGGCUCAGAUCUCAAACGAUAGCCCACGGAGGCCCGCGUCCCCUGAUUUUGCCACUAUUGCUGGCCGUGGAGGACUUUUGAGUCGUAACACGCUGGAGGCUUGUUGACAUUGGUCGUGUAGGAUGACACAGUAGCGUGUUCUGGCAGUUUUUGAAAAGCAUUGUGUUCUGUAUCCAUUUCAGUUCAUGAGCUAGUUGAGGGAACUUCGGUGGCAAGUGGCAUCAAACGGAUUUCGAUCUGAAUGUUUUUGCAGUGUA